AUGGGGUUCCCGGACGCCGUGGAUACUUGUUCCAAGACGUGCGGAAAGGGCACCCAAUUUCGCUUCGUAGAGUGUCGUGUUAAAACGCUUAACGCUACUAAAAACAGUGAACCAGCCGUGCCAAAAGAAAAAUGUGAUGCACUUCCAAUGCCCACCGAAUCUCAAGAGUGCGAUCUGAACGCUUGCGAAUCCGAAUUUCAAUGGCCCAGAUUGCGACCUGCUCUCAAACCUGUGGACAAGGGUGUUCGACGACGUAAAGUGCGCUGCCACAACCGUAUGGGAACGUUGGUAGCACGUGGUCUACCAGCCACAUGCCAAGAGAUCCGUGCACAGAAUAUUGUUUCACAUUCUGUUGAUGGAAAUUACACGGUACUGCUAGAUGGAUUCCCCCUCGUCGUCUACUGCCACCGAAUGAACGAAACGAUUCCGAAGUCCUAUAUCAAUCUAAAUCCUCAAACAAAUUUCGCCGAAGUCUAUGGAAAACGUCUGAUCUACCCUCACACAUGCCCAUUCAAUGGUGAAAGGAAUGAUUCAUGUCAAUGUACCGACGAUGGCGAUGCAAACGCCGGCUUAACCCAUUUCAGAAAAGUUCGUGUCGAUCUGCUGAAUCGCAAAUUCAACAUCAACGACAUGGUCUUUGCCGACACUUUGCAUGGCUCUUUCGUUCCAUACGGUACAGCAGGUGACUGCUAUAGCAUGAAGGACUGCCCCCAGGGCCGAUUCUCUGUAGAUCUCCGUGGCACGGGGUUGAGAAUCGUCGAUGAUUUGCAAUGGGAAGACAAGGGACAUCGAACCACAUCGAGGAUUGACAGAUCAUCGAACAAUGCUGUGAUCGAUGGUCGAUGUGGCGGUUACUGUGGCAAAUGCGCUCCGGAUAAAUAUAAAGGGCUCGUGUUCAGCAUUGAUCCAAAGCAAAUAACUGGUACUUGA